GCCGCUUAUAUCCACAUGGUAAUAUACAUGCCAUGAAUGAUGAAAGAUGAAAAUAUUGUUUCUGUGAUGAACCAGUACAGAUGUUUCACAACAUGUGAUCAAUACCAGCUGAAAACCUGUUGAACGGCGUUUUAUUACAUGUACACUGUAAUUCAUUUCAUAUCCACGGUGUAUGAACCAGGUUUAUAGAAAUUUCUUUCACACAAAAUGCCGGGACAUAGUAGUAAAAAACAGUCUCAGAGAACCAAGGGAAAUGCAAAGCCCUCCAGCAGUAGUGAAGCAGCCAAGCUUCUGCUCGAGGCUGGUACAGCUCCCACUGGAUUCAUUGGGUUCGGUUUCCAGACCGGUAGUCCAGGGUAUGUACCGGUCAGUCAGAGCUUAGAUGAUGUAGACACAAGUCUGGAUGCAGACAUACGAAUGGUUCUAAGAAAGCUCAGCAAAAAAGAUGCUACUACAAAAGUUAAGGCUCUACAAGAAUUUAGCAGUCUGUGUAAAGAGAAAGAUGAAGAGAGUGUAAAGGCUGUGCUCCCAUUUUGGCCACGAAUCUACAACAAAAUGGCCAUAGAUAUAGACCACAGGGUAAGGGAGAUGACCCAGACUUCCAUGAACACAUUGGUCCUGAGAAUGAGAAAGAACCUAGCCCCCCACCUAAAGAGCUUGAUGGGGGCGUGGCUGCUGAGUCAGUGUGAUACCUACCCUACGGUAGCCUCUGCCGCCCAGCAAGCCUUCCAGACCGCCUUCCCUCCGGUCAAACAGGUGGAUGCUCUGGUAUUUUGUAAACAGGAAUCUGCAGAGUUUCUUAUCGACAACAUAUUAAGACAGACCCCAACCUCAUUAAGCGAUCCGAAGACUACAGAAAAAGAAGACAUGGAAAACAAAUACAAUAGGGUGAUGACCUCAUCGCUACUGGCCAUCAGGAAACUACUGACCUCUCUCCCAUCCAAUCAAAUCUCUUCUUUGUCGGAGACUAUGGACAAUCUACUAAAGGAUCCCAAAUUUUGGAAACAUGGGAAAUCACAAGUCAUUAGUGUUAGAGCCGCAGUUUAUUCCUGCCUGGCGGGACUGUGUCAGACACUUCCUGACAUCGCUACCCAGCAUUCCAAGAAAGUGUCCACCCACAUCCUGCACAACAUUGAUGAGACAGAUGCAGUUAUCUGCCCCUGUGUCUGGGAAUCAGCUCUGUCCCUGGUCAGCUAUGUGGAUGACUGUUGGCAGCAAAUAAAUGUGGAGAAAGCAUUCUGGCCCAAACUCAGGAAGUAUCUAGAAAAUGGUUGCUAUGGGAAUGCUUCAUUGAUGGGUGGUGAUCUUCUGCCAUUUCUCAGCAAAGUCCCUCAAACCUUGCUAGGAGAGAACAACAAGUUCUACAUUGAGUUUUUCAACUACAUGAAAUCAGGAUUAAGUAAGGAACAAGUGCAGUCUAGUGCAGGAGAAUUAGGAGCUUUGGUGCGAGCGUACUUUGAAUGUACUCAGUAUGUGAUUAAUUCUACCCUCAAAACCAGCAAGGACAGAGGUUUUAUAGAAAUCAUGAUCUCUGAUCAGGUUAUGGGAGUACUCAAUGCCUCAUUGUUUGAGGCCACAUCAGCCCUCCAUAAAACCUCCUUGUACAGCCUGAUAGGAAAUUUAAUGAUUGUCAUGGAGACUGAGGCCAACUUUGAGGAGUUUGGAGACAUUCUGUCCAACUUUUGGAAGGACUUUGGAAGUGGUGUGUCCGAGAGACUGGGAUCAGGACUGUCCGAGGAGAUGGGAUACCUCACGGAUAGAUUGGUCCAGUUUGUCAGGUGUCUGAUAUACCCUGAGUGUAGUUUCAAGGCAAAAACUGAAGUGAAAGUCAAGGUGAAAUUCGCUACUACAGAGACUCCAAGUAUGGAUUCCCUCUCUACCAGCAAGCCAGAGAGGAGAGAGUUAACACCUGGAGCAAAGAAGUUUGUGCAUUUGAUGACAAUGAAAUCUUUUGAGAUGGCUCAUAAAAGUCAGGAUAAGCAAAAUCUUCACCUGUUUGCAGCUUUAAUUGAAUUUUUUCCAGAGGAGGAGACCAUUAAGGAUAUUAUUGCAAGUUGUCAUGGAGACAUAUCUACUGACCAAUCACAUUCGAGUUACUUUGUGUUUAAUGUUUGUUUGCCAUGGUUACACCAGUCUCAAGAGUUAAAAGACAGUGAUUCUGGACAGUUGAUAAAUGUUAUAUGUAGCUUUAUUCCUCUGCUUGAGACAUCUGUGAUAGACACAUUGCUGAAGGAACUCUGCAAGACAAUAAGCAGUUUCUCAGUGUUCUACAGUCUGCUGGGUCAGCUAAUAGUGAGGCAGUCUGUGGGGGUAGACAACUGGUUCCACAGCGAUGUCCUCAGGGAGAAGGUCAUGGCUGUGGCACACACAGUGUGUGAGGAGAGCCUGAGGAACACAGAUGAGGACCACAUACAACAGGGCUGGGAUAUCCUUACUCUGGUCCUCUCUGCUGGGAUAGAUAGAGUGAAACCAUCGACAAUUCAUGGAAUUCUACAGACCAUCCACAAGUCACUGCUUGACCUUGAACUAAAGAAGGACAAACAACAAGCAGAUCUUGCAGUAAAAUUUGUUGCCAAGGCAACCACAAGUUUUAUACUGCAUAUAAAGGACUCCAGCAUGCUACACGCAGGAGAAGAAUUGCUGCUGUCCUUGUUCACUAUCUGCACUGAUCCGUCCUUCCAAAUAUUGGAUUCGACAAAGCAGGAAGCAGAAACAGCAUGGACUUCUGGGAUUGGUGCUGUUGUCAAGAAGACAGGGGGAUAUCUUACAGGAGACUCUAUUCUAUACAGAUUCAAGGAUGUUCUACACAAACAGCUUGUCAAAACUGAAAACAUGGCAUCAUUUCAGUGUUUAUUCCACUCUGCUGAGAAAUUACUGGAUGUGAUAAAGAGAAGUGUCCCAAGUGAAGAUGCUGAUGAUGAGAACCCAGUAGUCACUGUGUACCUCAGUGAACUCUUUGUUAAAACUCAGCCAAACAUGACAAAGUCGAUGGCAGAAUUCUGUUUUGCCAGUGGACGUCUAUCAUUCUGUGAGUUUCCUAACCGACCAGACAGCUUGCUCAAUCUCAUUCAGACUCUGUACACAACUCUCUUUAAUACCGAGCUGUUGCUGAUGUCGGCACAUCGCUAUGACAACCAGGAGAUUUUACUCAGUGUGCUACAAAGCACAUCCUUAGUGCAAGUGUACCAAGACAUGGAGAAACGACUGCUGAUCCGAUUUACUGACACAAUGAAUGGAAUAGAUAUCUUACAAGAGAAAAUAAAACUCCUGGUACAGGGAAUGCCAAGAGAAAAGAGGAAUGCACACAUAAACUACAUCAUGGACAGGUGUACAGAGGAUGGGUUGCUGAGUCUGUGUUUGAGUCAGGUCUUACCUGAUGAAUGGUCAAACUCUGAGGAUCAAGUGGAUGUUUACACCUUAAUAGAGAGGUUCUCUGAGCUCACUGAGGCCAACAUUCAGAUUCUACAGACAGUGGCUCCUCAUCUGAGUGUUAAUGGUCUCACCUCCCUGGCAGAGGUGAUGGUGGCCCGAAUUAUCAGCUGUGAAAGUCAAGAUGUCAUGGCAACCAAUGGUGGAAUAUCAGCACUUGGAAUCUUUAAUGCAAUACUGAGGUGUAAGGCAAACGAAGAAAUAUUAGAGUUUGGUGCAAGCGUCCUUACUCAGGUCAUGACCUGGAAAGAUCAGAUGGAUGACCUGCUGCUGUGUGAAUGUAACCUGGCUGAUGUGGCUGGAGUAAGGGUUCUUGCAAAUGUAGAAAUUGUCCGGUUCCUACAGAGGGCGGUGCAAAGUUUCCCCGAGAAACUAUCAGACAAGGCCUGGGACUUCAUACUAUGUACAGCUGUCAGUCUUAUACAGUCUGUAGAUGAGAGUGAGUCGCAGCUGAUGAGCUCUUUCCCGGUACAGGUAUUCACCCUGUCUGUGUGUCAGCUGGUGUCAGAGGUCGCCCACACUGUGGAGGACGUGUUCCCAAUCAGACAAGAUGUCUGCCCCAAGAACCUGCUGACUGAGUGGGAGGAGUUCUUCAGCGAGGGGAUAUUUUCUUCACUGCUGCCACUGUUCCAUAGACUAACUGACAACAUGAAGAAGAGGCCCCUGAAGGGAAUCCUGGAGAGUUUACUGAGGGCUGUGGCCAGUGCCGCCUCCUACUGCCCCACGCAGCAGGUGCUUGCUCACAAGUUACCCGCCUACCUGAUUGCAGACCAGUUGUCUCCCUUGCCAGACACUCUUCAGUCUCUCAUUAACCACAUCUCGCCACUGUUGAUGUUCCCUCACAGAAGUGUGCAGAUUGCGGCUUUCCAUAUUCUCAGAAGAGUUAUGCCAGAAUUACCUGGUUAUGACAAGGAGGAGACGAGUGAUACAGAGGAGGAACAGACGUCAAAGAGUCCACCUGCCUGUCUGAUGCAGAUCAUACAGAACAAACAGUCCACCACCCUGGCCACUGUGUUACUGGACCUCAGUAUUGACCAGAAGUUUAUUGUGGAGCCUUUCUCAGAGAUUUAUCAACAUGUACUGGCAUAUCUGUUGUCAUGGAAACUCCUACUGACCUCAUUUAGGCAUUCAUCAGCAGAGUUAAGGUCCAAGUAUGCGGCUUAUCUACAAGAGAAGGGCUGCAUUGACCAGUUUAUGUCAGUAAUUUUCCGGUUGAUGCCAGAGAUUCCAUUCAACAAGGACAAAACUAACAUAUUUGAGAAAGCUUUCUGUCUUUAUGCAUCAGGUGAGCCUGGUGUGUUAGAGGUGUGUGAGCUGGCCUGUAGUGUGUAUAAGGACGCCCUCAAGAGGACCCCAGCCCUGGUACGACUGUGGUGGAAGGACCAGGACAGGAAAUCUGUCAGUUACGUCGACAGAUUUACCAGUAAAUAUGUCAGCCCUGUUUUGUGUACAGAGGAGAUUUCUUCCCUGGAUACAAUAGACAAGAAGGAUGUGAAUUUCACUGUAAAGACCCGGCCCUCCACCCGUGAAGUGGUGGCAAUCCAUACCCUGGAAGAGGUGUGUAUUGAGGUGGUCAUCACCCUCCCUCAGAACUACCCCCUGGGAAACAUCACUGUGUCAAGUGAGAAGAAAGUGGGAGUGACCGCCCAGCAGUGGGACAAGUGGCUGCUGCAACUCAACAUAUUCCUACAGCACCAGAAUGGCAGCAUCAUGGAUGGACUGAGGAUAUGGAGGAGGAACAUAGACAAGAGGUUUGAGGGGGUGGAUGACUGUAUGAUCUGUUUCUCCGUGCUUCAUGGCACAAACUUCCAGCUGCCUCGGCUGUCGUGCAGGACCUGCAAGAAGAAGUUCCACUCAGCCUGUCUGUACAAAUGGUUUCAGACAAGCCACAACUCGACCUGUCCAUUGUGUAGAAAUCUGUUCUAGUCGCAAAACAAUUGCUGUGUUUGAAAUAGUCAUUGGAUCUAACAUUUAUUUAUUAUAAAGAUACCUGUGUUAAUCAUCAGACAGACACUGGAUAUAAAAAGAGAUCCUCUGUUAUAGAGGGAACAUGGUACAUAUCAUUUGUCAAAAAGUUUAUAAACAGAAGAAUUUUACAAAUUCAAAAAGAGUACAUAGCAAACAAAAUUUUAAUCUAUUGUAUUGUUCAAUACAAAAUUGAAUAUAAUAUUAUUUUAAAUUUUACAAUAAUAAAUUAUCUGAGAAAGUUGACUUUAUUUGUUUGAGUUUUAUAUACGUUAUGGUUUUGUGUUCCAUUAAUUGUUUUGUUGUUGAUUCAUUGUUUAAUAAUUGUAAAAUCCGUUUUAUUAAUUCAAACAAAGAAAUAUCUCUGUCAGAUAAAUUGUAAGGAGAUGUUAUACAUAAUUUGAGAAAACAUGAGAAAAUAAGAUUUUAAAUGUGUUGUAAUAGGUUAGAAGUAGAGGACUUGAACUGUAUAAGUAAAACUGGUUUUAGGAAUGGAUAUCCACCUCAGACAUUAGCUUGACCUUAUAUUUUCUGACUCUGGUGAUGUCCUCCAAAAAGAAACUUCUUAAAACUUUAUUUGAUUUUAAAGGUAAAUAAUACACGUUUUAAAAAGUUCUUGAGAUUCAGUAUUGGAAUUGUGAAUUGGAAAACUAUCUACCCUGAAUAUUUUUUCUUCUCAAUUUUUAUUAGAAUUACUCUUAGCUUUUGAAUACAUAUUUAGACAAGUAUCACAUAACCCAUUAAUUCUUCUUUUGAUCUUCUCAACCUUAUUAUGUGGCGUAUACAGUAAUAUUUUUGUAAAUAUAGUGCACAGAAUACAAUAUAACGUUUGUGAUGAUAAGUUUAACGUAAUAUAUUUUGAGGGCGAGAAAUCAAGUAAUUCUGUUUUGAAAUCUCACUCUCU